UGACCUUAGGCGAGCGAGCCAAGGUGAGGUGCUCCAGCUCGGCGCUGCGGAUGCAGAAGGGCUGGGCUGGGCUGGGCUGGCGCUGGGAGCCCACGGGGGCCCGCGUCCUGCGGGGCUCAGGGCUGGGCCCCUUGCUGCACUGGAGUCACUGGUGCGACUGGGAGCCGACACGGUGCCAGGACAAGCUCUUCGGGAGGCGGCUGCUCCAGGCCGGGCGCUACAUCAUGUCCCACAAGUCCUGGAUGAAGACGGUGCCGACCGAGAACUGCGACGUGCUCAUGACCUUCCCUGACACGACGGAUGACCACACGCUGCUCUGGUUGCUGAACCACAUCCGGCUGGGCAUCCCCGAGCUCAUCAUCCAGAUCCGGCACCACAAGCUCACCAAGGUCUACGCCUUCUUCGUCACCGCCAACUACGAGAGCUUGCUGCGGGGCGCGGACGAGAUCGGGCUGCGGAAGCCGGUGAAGGCCGAGUUCGGGGGCGGCAUGCGCAGCUUCUCCUGCGAGGAGGACUACAUCUACGAGAACAUCGAGAACGAGCUCUACUUCUUCACCUCCCAGGAGCGGCAGGGCAUCAUCCGGUACUGGUUGGAGAACCUGCGAGCCAAGCAGGGAGAGUCGCUGCACAACAUCCACUUCCUGGAGGGGCAGCCCAUCAGUCCAGCCCUGACCGCUGCCCCCUCCGCAGACGAGAUCUGCGACUACUUCGGGGUGAAGAUCGCCAUGUACUUCGCCUGGCUGGGCUUCUACACCUCAGCCAUGAUCUACCCCGCCGUCUUCGGCUCCAUCCUCUACACCUUCACCGAGAGCGACCAGAUCGGGGCCACGCGCUCCCUGGAGGAGUGGAAGCGCCGGGGGGCCGAGUUCGCCUACAAGUGGGGGACGCUGGACACCCCCGCCGAGUCCAUUGAGGAGCCCCGGCCGCAGUUCAGGGGCACCAAGCGCAUCAGCCCCGUGACCAACGCCGAGGAGUUUUACUACCCGCCCUGGAAGCGGCUGCUCUUCCAGUGCCUGGUCAGCCUGCCCCUCUGCCUCUUCUGCCUCACCUUCGUCUUCCUCGUCAUGCUGGGCUGCUUCGAGCUCCAGGAGUUCGUGCUGAGCAUCAAGGAGCUGCCCCGCAUCAUUCGCUUCCUACCCAAGAUCGUCCUGGCCAUCAUCGUCACCACCUGCGACGAGGUCUACAAGAAGAUCGCCUACUGGCUCAACGACAUGGAGAACUACCGCCUGCAGAGUGCCUACGAGAAACACCUCAUCAUCAAAAUCGUCCUGGUGAGUCGGGCCUGGCGGGCGCGGGGAGCGGGGGCGCACCCCGCUGCCCCCCUCCCAUCGCCCUCGCCGGUCGGCAGCCCUCGUUCCCGUUGCAUCCUCCGCCCCGGGAGCUCCCCCGUUAGCUCAGGCUGCGGGAAGUCACGGGUUCGAUCCCCGCCGUGCCGGCGUGCCGUGAUGCGCCGGCCCCGCCGGCCGCGGCGGGCGGGCGAGAGCCGCGAGGACGAAGACGAGGACGAGGACGAGGACGAGGACGGCAGGAAGCGCAACCGGGCCUCGUGGAUCGACCCACCCAAGGAGGACUACUCCGCGCAGCUCACGCAAGCCGAGGUGGAGAGCUGCAUGAAGAAGUACGAGGACACGUUCCAGGACUACCAGGAGAUGUUCAUCCAGUUCGGCUACGUGGUGCUGUUCUCCUCCGCCUUCCCGCUGGCCGCCACCUGCGCCCUCAUCAACAACGUCAUCGAGAUCCGCAGCGACGCCUUCAAGCUGUGCACGGGGCUGCAGCGCCCCUUUGGCCAGCGGGUCGAGAGCAUCGGGCAGUGGCAGAAGGUGAUGGAGGCCAUGGGCGUCCUGGCCAUCGUGGUGAACUGCUACCUGAUCGCCCAGUGCGGCCAGCUGCAGCGGCUCUUCCCGUGGCUCAGCCCCGAGGGAGCCAUCAUCUCCGUGGUGGUGCUGGAGCACUUCGCCCUGCUCCUGAAGUACGUCAUCCAGGUGGCCAUCCCGGACAUCCCGGCCUGGGUGGCGGAGGAGAUGGCCAAGCUGGAGUACCAGCGCAGGGAGGCCUUCAAGAAACACGAGCGGCAGGCGCAGCACCACUUCCAGCAGCAGCAACGGCGCAAGCGGGAGGAGGAGGAGCGGCAGCGCCACGCCGAGUACCAGGCCCGCAAGGAGCGCGAGGCCAGCCGGGACGAGGGCCGGCCCGAGGCCGCCGGGCAGGACCCGGCCCCCGACAAGGGUCCGGCCAAAGCCAAGGGCCCCGGGGGCUGCUCCCACGGCGCCGACAAGCCCAAGCGGCCCAGCUCCCUGCUGGCCACCAACAACGUCAUGAAGCUCAAGCAGAUCAUCCCGCUGCAGGGCAAGUUCCUGUCCGGCGGGGCGGGGGCGGCCGGCACGGCCACAGCGCGGGCCCCCCAGUCCCCGACCGGCAGCGACAACAAGCUGCCCGGCUUCCUCAGCUUCAAGUUCCUCAAGUCCCCGGAGACGAAGCGGGACGGGGGCACGGGCGUCGAGAAGCAGGUGCCCGGCCGGUCCCACCUGAACGGGGUGGUGGACGAAGGUGGGCGCGAGGAGGCCGAGCUGCGGGCCGAGGAGGAGGGUGCCGGCUCCAAGCUCUAA